AUGUCCUCAAAUAUUCUACCUCAGCGUCGAGAGAGGUGUCCUUACUGCAGCUGCUUCUUUAGCAUUCAGGGAAUUGGAAAUCACAAGCGAGCUUGCAAGCAGAAGUCAGACCAGCAGUUGUUGGAUUCCCAAUUCCACAAUGAUUUGGACCAGCAGACAAGAGCUACAGCAAACUCAUUCACACCAAUAAACAUUAUAGGAUCUGCAACUUUGGAUUAUCAUAGCACAGAACUUGAAUGUGUCAAUGAAACAUCUCCAGAGUCCUCAUCAGUUGAUGAUCAAGUUACUCCAGAAGAUAACGAUACUUCCAAUGCAGCUUGCUUGAUUCUCAAUUCCAUUGAUCAUGUCAAUCUGAUUGAUGAGAAGAUUGUCAAGGAAUAUCAUCCUUCUGCUAUUUUAGAUCCUCAGAUCUUGCCUCUCAGAGAUUUUUUAGCUGACAGCACAAGCAAGCAGAGUUCACUUUUUGAUAGCCACCCUUGGCAUCCAUUUUCAUCUCAGUUGGAUUUUGAUUUAGCAGAAUUCAUUUUGUGUACAGGCAUGAAUCACCAAGCAUGCAGUGAUUUUUUCAGCAUCAUUGACCGAUGUGGAGGCAGUCAAUCAACAGAAUACACUAUCCGAAAUGAGAAUGAUCUUGCAGAAGCAUGGUCAUGGGCAGAGAAUUUGUUUACCAAGUUCAAAAAGGAAACAAUAUCAGUUCCAUAUAAAAAUGAAGUUCAAAAUUAUGAUGUCCACUACCGACCAUUAUGGGAUUGGACACUUGAUUUGUUAUGGGAUAAAGAUCUUGCAUCACAUUUUGUAUGGGAUGCAAUUUAUUUAUUUUGGGAAGAUAAAAAUGGCAUUCGAACACGGUUUUUUAAUGAACCAUGGUCAGGAAAUAUAUUUUGGGAAGUUCAAAGUUCUCUUCCUCCUAAUGGAAAACCUUUAGCAUAUAUUUUGUAUGCUGAUAAAUCAUGUUUAUCUUCAUUUGGUACUGCCAAAGGCUAUCCAGUUAUGGCAUGCUGUGCUAAUCUUCCUGAUCAAAUCCAAAAUGGGAAGAAUUUUGGUGGAGAUUGUGUGGUUGGAUGGCUUCCAAUUGUUGAAGAAGAAGAAGAUCAUAAAGGAAAGCCAUCAUGGAUCAAUUUCAAGCGAGUUGUCUGGCAUGAAGCUUUUCGGAAAAUUCUAGGAUCUCUUGCACAAUAUUCUCGCAGUGGUUAUGCCUUUCAACCACCAAAUUCAGACAAAGUUAUAAUCUUAUAUCCUUUUAUUCUCAUUCUCUCUGCUGAUUAUGAGGAACAGUCAUUGUAUGAUGACAUUGACCAGAGGUGGCAGAGCAAAUUAUCCCUGUCCAAUCUUUCAAUAACAUAUCCAUUAUGGACAACUGAGUCUAUGAAAGAGAUAUAUGAUAGAGCUUGUUUGCUUAAUGCAGAUCAAGCAGAAGAACUUUUGAAAUUACAUGGUCUCCAUAAAGUACCUAACAUCUUUUGGGAAAUAGAACGAUCUAAUCCCUAUCGUGCUGUAUCUUGGGACAGACUACAUGCUUUCCAAAUUGGAUUAUUUGAUCAUCUGCUGUCACGGCUCAUUGAGCAUGUAGAUAGAUUCAAGGGCCGAGAUGCUAAAGUUAAAAUUGAUGAAGUGUAUAGGAAUCUUACCCAUUUCACAUCCGUUUUUUCUUUUGACUUUGCUGAUGAAAAGAAAUAUGAACAUAUGUCACGACAAAUCCUUUUUGCUGCUCAAGCAGUUUUAACAAAGGCUGCGGAUCCUGCUGGUUAUUUGCUUCUUAAAUGUAUUCGAAGUCAUUUAGAAUUGGAUGUGUAUGCAGCAAUGGAUGUGCAUACUGAAGAUACAAUAAAGGCUGGACAAUCAAUAAUGCAAGUUUUUGGGGAGAGAAUGAAGGAGUAUAUAACAGCUACUCAGGACAGUGAUUUUCAAAAUCCAACACAUUGGGAUAUUCCAAAAAUGCAUACACAGCAACAUCUAUUCAGUGAUAUUCAAGGAAAAGGUGUAACAAAAAUUAUAACACCAAGAUUAACGAAAAAUGUUGCUGAUCAAAUUCUUCAAACUGACCAUUGGUACAAUGUUGCUAUGCAGAUUCAGCAAAAGAUGAUGAUCUACCUGAAGAAAAACAUUUCACUAUUGAAACUCAUGUAUCUGAUGGUCUUUUAA